UUUUUUAUCUGUCAAAUAAAAAAGAGGCAACGUGGGUCGAGUUCACUGCGCGAUAUUAUUAAAUUUAUCAAAUAAUUUGAUAUGCUCAGAAGGUUGUAGUGACAGAAUCGAAAACUCAAAACAGUCAGUCACCGGUUAAGCAAUGGGUAAAACCAAAAAAUCGAAGCCCAAAGUGGCCGCAGUAAAUCCAAUUGGCAUUCCCAGCGUACGCGAUUUCAAUGAAGAAUUAUUGGCUGCAGAGGACCACCCGCAUGGUCCAAUUGCCGCGAUGGUCGAUCAAUUGCAAUCAAUUAGUGUGGAAGAGAAAAUGUGUGCACUGCAAUCGUUGUCGUUUUUGUGCCAGAACCGUCAACGAAUACCGGAGAUCGUUCAAAGUGACAUCGUCAAAACAAUCGCCUCAUGGUUGAUGGAUCCGUGCAAGAGUAUUAGAAAUGCCACCGCCGGUGCACUCAGAAAUUUGUCAAUGAAUGGAAUCGACGUUUGUGAAAAUCUGGUGGAACAGGAUGUUCUUACACCGCUGUUAGCCCUGUUGAAUGAGUACGCCAUUUCGUCGGACUGGGUGCCCCAUUUCGAUAAUAAAAUGAACAAUCAAAUGGACGAGGCAGCCGAUACAUUUCUGCAAGCGAUCAAUUUGGUGUGGAACUUGUGCGAAAGUACCGGAGUCGCUUUGAGCAACUUCAACCAAACGAGAAUAGUUCAGAGUUUCAUUCAGUACCUCGACUACAAAGUGUUUGGCCUGGAUAUUUCCAUCGCCGUAGCUCAGUGUUUGGUGGUCAUAACAGAGGACAAUCCGGUGGCAUGGCAAAUUCUCAACGAUUAUGUCCAAGAAUUGUUAUCACUGCUGUCGAUUCCCGAGGAAGGACAUGCCUACACACUGCUGAGCACACUCUCGGCAGCAAUAUGUGCAAAUAUUCCGGCAUUCUUAGCGCCCCAUUUAAAUCUAAUCUUCGUCACACUCUCGAAAACGCUCAACAUCAACCACAGAACGAUUUUGGGUGGUGUUAGUAGUGUCAUACCACUCAAUGUAAAUAGAAACGAACUGUUCGUAACGGAAGACUCGAAUGCAAUGGAAGAGGAGUCAGAUGCACAGGCGAGUUUGAGACGACGAAAACAGGACAUGCCAUCAGAAGUGGAAAUUGAGGUGCAAAAUGUGGGCUGGCUGUUGGAAGCGCAACGCGUAGGCGCCGAAACAAUAACCAACAUUUGCACGAUCGAGGACGAAGACAAGUCUGACGAUGUGGAAGACGAUUUGUCCGAUGCGGAAAGUGUUCACGACUAUGACAUGGCAUCAUCGCAUUCCAGCUCCAAUCUGCAGAAUACCGACAAACUACCCAGCGAUGUGCUCGAGGCUGUUAAAUCGCUCGGAUUGGUCGAGAAGACAUGGCAGCGAGCCCAACCGAUUGCUGAUAACGUAGCGGACAUAUUGAGAGAAGCGGAACAGUCGUUGCUCAACAAGGUGAAAAAAAUGCGGAUUUCGUCGCUCCUCUGCCUACACAAUCUGUGUAAUUUGAUGACCACCGAAGAUCUAGGUGGACCAACAGCCAUUUACAAUGUCUGGCUAGAUUUGGGCCAACAGGUCUUCCAGGGAACGCAGAACACCGACAUCCUGGAAGCGUCCACAUCACUGAUGCGAGCAGCGCUCGAUCAUCUCAAGUACAGUCCGGAUUUGUUCAACAAAAUGACUAACAACGACCUGCAACUCAUGCUAAAUGGCGUGCAAAUUUGCGUCGAACCGGAAACUCGUGCUAAUUGGCUGAGAAUGCUGGGCGUUCUUGGCUGUUUGUUGCCGGAAGUGCUAGUCAAAACCAUCAUUACGUUUAUCGUGGACGCCAGCCUACAGGAACAGGAUGCAUGGGCAAUAUCGGAGGCGAUGGACGCACUGAUGGAUAUUUUCUCGGACAAUGACUGGGAGCAAAUCGUUCAUGAGUUGGGUUUGGUGGCAAAGGCGAAGCAGUUGGAACGUGUGCUCAAGAAUAAGAUACAGCAACAGAAACGAGAUUUGGGCGACCGGUAUUCGGCUGUUUGUACGGUGCGAUUGAAUUUGUCGAGAUUCACCGAGUACAUGAAGUCGCAACAGCGAAAAUAUAAGCCCAAAUAGACGUGUUAUCGAAGAGGAACGUUUUAAUGCAAAUAAAUUUCUAUCAUUGUGUGAAAA